AACCUCUCUCUCUGUCUCUCUCUCACAGGAGAGAAGAGAAGAUAAGAUAAGAGAAGCCAACCGAACCCUAACCCACUUUGGUUUCCCCUGCUUUCAUUCUUCUGUUGGAAACGAUGGCCUCACCGUCGGCCCGCAUGGGGAGCUUGGACCCUCGAGCAAACUCUUUCUCCUUCUCAACCCUCCUCUCCUCCGAACUGGAGGACGGCCCUCGCCGUGGCUCUGGGGUCCCCAAGUUCAAGUCCAUCCCCCCUCCUUCCAUCCCCAUCUCCCCUCUCUCUUCUUCCUUCUUCGCCAUCCCCCCUGGUCUCAGCCCUGCCGAGCUCUUGGACUCCCCUGUUCUCCUCAACUCUUCCAACAUUUUGCCCUCCCCAACGACUGGAGCUUUCCCGCUUCAUUCCUCCUUCAAUUGGACGAGCAAGUCCUCCGACGCUUACCAGCAGAUCCCUAAACGGGAAGACACAAAUGGCUCUCCCUUCACUUUGCACACCAACGCCAAGCAGCAUUUGCAGCAGCAGCAGCAGCUAGCCUGGAUCUCCAUCAAACAAGAUGAUUCCCGUCCUUCUGACGAGACCACGGUGAAAUCCGAACUCAAUCCAUUCCACACCUUCUCCCCUGAGAUCGCUACCAUCCAGACCAACGCCAAUUACGACAAUUAUGAGUCCCAGCCUCAGCCUCAGCCCAUCCGAGAGCAGAGGAAAUCAGACGAUGGCUACAAUUGGAGGAAAUACGGCCAGAAGCAAGUGAAGGGGAGUGAAAACCCCAGAAGCUAUUACAAGUGCACUCACCCUAAUUGCCCUACCAAGAAGAAGGUCGAGAGGUCUCUGGAUGGACAGAUCACCGAGAUUGUCUACAAGGGAAGCCAUAACCACCCUAAGCCCCAGUCCACCCGAAGAUCGUCCUCCUCCGCCUCCUCCGUGCCGUCUCUUGCAAUCCAGUCCCAUAAUCCUGCCGCCCCUGAAAUCCAUGACCCCGCUUUUCCCGCGCAUGGCUCCUCCCAAGUCGACGCUGCUGCAACCCCAGAAAACUCUUCCCUUUCGGUCGCUGACGACGAAUAUGAGCAGGGCUCUCAGAAAAGUAAAUCGGCAGGGGAUGAGUUCGACGACGAAGAUGAACCGGAUGCCAAAAGAUGGAAGCAGGAAGGUGGGAGUGAAGGGAUUUUAGCUCCAGGGAGCAGAACGGUGAGAGAACCCAGAGUAGUAGUCCAAACCACCAGUGACAUCGAUAUUCUUGAUGAUGGAUAUCGUUGGAGGAAAUAUGGGCAGAAGGUGGUCAAAGGAAAUCCGAAUCCAAGGAGCUACUACAAGUGCACCAGCCCAGGCUGUCCAGUGCGCAAGCACGUGGAGAGAGCAUCCCAUGAUCUAAGGGCAGUGAUCACUACUUAUGAAGGAAAGCAUAACCACGAUGUUCCUGCAGCCCGCGGGAGCAGCGGCGCCGCCAAUAGGGCUUUGCCCAUGCCGGACAACAGCAAUGGCAACAACAGUUUGGCCGCAUCGGUCAGGCCGUUGGCCUUUACAAAUCCUUCAAACAACAAUGGGCCAAGUCCUCCCAGCAGCAACUACAGGGUACCAUCGUUGUCGUCGUCGUCGUCGGCGGAAGGGCAACAAGCAUCGCCGUUCACGCUGGAGAUGUUACAGAGUCCGGGGAGCUUUGGAUUUCCAGGAUUGGGGAGUUCAGUGGGGUCUUUCCUGAAUCAGUCUCCGGAUGGUGAUAACAUUUUUGGUAGAGCAAAGGAGGAACCGAGGGAUGAGAUGUUCCUGGAAUCAUUGCUAUGCCGAAAUUAUUGAAAGAUCAAUUUCUUCUACUCAAGGUCAGGAUCACAGGGGAAUCCAAGCAUUGUUGAAAACUGGGAGGAGGAGGAGGGGAUCAGUGGUUCAUUUGAUUUGAUUUGAUUUAUUAUUACAUCUGUGUUUGUCGGUUGUAGAAUUCGUUUCUUUGUAAUACGGUUAAAAAAGAUGCUAGGGAGGAGCAUGUAUAUUUCGUCCGGUUUGGGGAUUGCUCUCUUUGUCU